AUGGUGAAACACUGUUUUCUAUACUCUGUCAUAAAACAGGUGUUUUCGUGGAUUUGUUUUGUCAUGGUCAGAACCAGAACUUGGAAACGUACGGAUAUCAUUCCUCAACUGCAUAGUAAGGAGUCAUCUUUAACCAAACAUUUGAUUCGCCGAAGAGGACUCCUCAACCGGCCGUUUCAGCCACCAUUUGUACUUAACAAUGGAUAUAUUCAAACCUUUGCUGGGCUUCUGUUCAAGCCGGUGGAGAACUAUCAGUUCGAUCGGGAAUAUCUACAAAUAGACGACAAAGGAAUUGUCGCUUUAGACUGGUUCAAGCAGUCAACAACAAAAUUGAAAAGAAACAGUCCUGUCAUUUUAAUAUUUCCUCGAUUAACAGGAGAUGCUGUCAGUGUUGGAAAUAUUUGCAAACUUGGUUCUUCGAGAGGAAUGAGAGCAGUCGUAUUUAACAGACGGGGACAUGGUUCAAGUUUUCUUUUGUCAUCUAAUCUAACCAGCAUUGGUGAUACUAAAGAUACGAGAAAAGUGAUAGAAUACAUAUUUAGCAAAUACCCGUAUGUGCAAAUUGUUGGUAUUGGAAUAGGUGCUGGAUCGGCAACGCUAUUUUCCUACCUUGGUGAAUUUGGUUCUUCGUCUCUUAUGAAAGCAGCAGUGAAUAUUUCACCCUCAUAUGAUAACACUGAGCGAUUGUGCGAGCAAAUACCAAAACUAUAUGAGCUGUAUCUUUUAUUAGAUUUGAAAAUAAUGUUAAUUAGGCACUGGAAAGCUCUUAACAAAGUUAUAGAUAUAAAGGCGGCUGUAUUAAGAGCGUGGAGUUUGAAAGAAUUUGAUUAUCAAGUUUAUUGUAAAAUGUAUGGAAUAGAAACAUUCGAAGCCUUCUGGCAGAGGAAUGAUCCUAUGAGAGAUGUUGAUGAUAUAGCCGUUCCUGUUUUAUGUAUAAAUAGUCUCGAUGACCCAGUUUCGGUAAAAGAUGAUAUUCCAUUUGAUUUAUUCGAGUUUUAUCCGAAUUUGCUGCUAGUUACUGUAGAAAAGGGAGGGCACUGUGCAUUUUAUGAAAACGUCCGCGGGGAGUCAUGGGUAAAUACACUUGCAAUAAAUUACAUAGAACAUGUUCUAGAGUUUAUUUCAAACUCUAAAUUUUGGCGUCGGUAG